AUGGAUCGUCAUGUGCCCAUGCAUGCUUUACCUGAAGAAAUCCAAAAGAUGCCUUCAGAAGAGAAAGUGUGUAAGUACUGUGGAGUCAGCUACCUCAUUCUUCAUGAGUUUAAGGCUAUGGAAGAAAAAGUGAAAGCAAUGGAAAAGGAGAUGAAAUUUUAUCAAGGAAGUGUAGAACGUGAAAAGCGACUUCAAGAAAAGCUACAGUCUCUUAGCCAAGAUCUUCAACAAUACAAAAUUGACAACGAAUCCAAAGCAGAAAGAAUUCAAGAUGCAAAUGUCCAGCUAAAAAUUCAGCAAGAGGAAUUUAAGAAAGCGCAGGAAAAAUUGAGUCACUUGCAAUGUGAGUUACAAACUAAGCAAAGACAGUCACAAAGCUUCAGGUGUAAAAUGGUGGAGAACAAAUAUUUCUUGAAUAAGACACUUUCAUUCCUUACUUCUACUAAAAGGGAGUUGACAUAUAUUAAAAAUGAAGUCUAUGAUAAUAUUCAAAAUUGGACUUCAUUGAAAGAAGAACUUUUCCUGCAAAUUAAAUCCAUAGGUGAAACAGCUUUGACAGAAAUAGCCACACUAAAUAAAAACCUGACAGCAUCCCAGAGAGAUAAGGCACACCUCGAAGAGGAAAUGAGACAUCUGAAAGUGUUGUCGAAUGCAGCCAUUUUGACAUCACAGCAGAUUCAGAGAUCCAACAAACAAGAGGUGAACUUACAAGCCAGGUGCUCUGCUUUGCAAAAAGAAGCGCUAGAGUUACACAGUCAAGUAGACACACUUGGGCUAAGACUUCAGGCGGCAGUAACUGAGAUGGACAACUAUAAAGAAAUGCUCAGGACUAAAUCAAAUGAAGCUGAUGACUGUCAAAGGAAACUGAGAAAGCUGGAGUUUGAAUCUGUUAUUUCUGAGUCACGUCACACUAGACUACUUAAAGAAAAAGAAGAAUCUUUAGCAUCUUGUCAGCAGUCAUGCAAAACUUUACAGGAACAACUGACUGCCAAGGAAGGGCAAGAAGAAGACAUGAAAAGGAAAAUUAACCUUACAGAAGAGGAACUUGAAUUAGCCAAAGCUCUUCUGAGUCAGACAAAGGAAGAGACUGCAACACUGAAAAAUGAAAGAGAGUUGAUGCUGAUUUCCCAUCAGAAAAGCAUCGAGCAGCUGCAGGAAACCGUUAGACAGAAGCUGCUGAGUGAUGCCGACUGGAGGGAGAAGAUUGAAGCUGAGCUCACCAAGGAAAAAGCCCGCCAUUUAGUUGAAUUUGAGGAGCAAGCCCUUCUCUUUAAAGAAGAAGCUAAGCUGAUACUCGAUAUUGAAAAGGAAAAAUAUGAAGAAAUGAUCCAAAAAUACCAGAAAGAACAAGAGGAACUACAAACAAAGAUACCUGACUUGAUCGCAGAGGCUACACGAGAUCUGAGACUGGAAGUAGUUAGUCUUCAAGAGAAACUCUGUGAAUCCCGCACAAGAUACGCUCAGGAAGCUGAGUCGAAAGAAAAAGAAAUGGAAACUCUCAGAAGUCUGGCUGCAGAAUUGGAAUCUCGCUUGAAGAAGGAAAUUGACAGUAAUGGCUCCGUCUCUGAGGACCUGAGGAAGGAAGUAAAGGAGAAGUCAGGGGAACUUGAAAGAGUCACGCUGGCGCAAGCACAACUGAUGCAGCAACUCCAGCAAUCCCAGGAAGAGAACACUUUUCUCCAGGAAACAGUGCGCAGAGAGUGUGAAGAGCGCUUUGAACUGACAGAGGCUUUGAGCCUUGCCAGGGAGCAGCUCCUGGCGCUUACGAAGCUCAAUGGAAGAUUACCACUGUCACCCUGUUCCCCCAGCCAGGGCAGCUUGCCUUCCCCUGCUGUAGCAGCCAGUAAGCAUGGAGAGAAGAGCCUAGCAAGACCGAACUCUGAAAAAGGUAUCAAAACCCCUUGCCUGCAACAAGUGGCAAAGCCCACCCUUUCCCCAGAGGGGCCCAAGAGAAUGAGCAGCACCGCUCUGCCUCUUCUCCCUCACCCACAUCCUCCUAGGGGCCGGGCAUCUUCAGUGAGUGACACCCGACAAAGGCUGGUGGCCAUUCUUCGAAGGAGGAUGAGUCAGCAAUGAGUGACCCCGCAGCAGGAGGCCAAGGCAGGUCCACACAGCCUGCAGUCUUCUGCAGAAAGCCAUAGAACCCUUGUAACUGAGGAGGCCAAAGAUCAAGUUAUUGCCACAGAUCAAGAAUGGGGCUUGAAAGGCACCUCUAUAGGUACUUUUAAAGAGAGACUUUUAUGGUACUUUUAACAAUUAUUUAUAUAUAGAUAUAUGUAUAAUUGGGAGUUUAGAUUUUCCUACAGGCCUUUGAAAUUGCAACAAAGAAUCAAGUUGUUGCUAACUAGCCCAGAGGGUGGACUCUACAUUGUCUAUGCAUCUGCAUUGCCUAUGCUUGGAUGUGCUCUAUAAAUAUGCUCUUUUAGAGAUCACAGCUAACUUUCGUCGCAGACAGGGUCUUUUAAAUGCUCUUGCACCCUCGCAAGUAGAUGCACUUCCACAAUAGAAAAAGAAACAAAGGAAGAAAAGAUUGUAUUGGUUUUGUUGGUGUUUGUUCAUUUGUUUGUUUAGCCACAUAGGUUAAAUAGUUAUAAUAAAUAUUCCAAAUGAAGGAAAAAUAAAGUACUUUAGUCCUUAAUUAGAUCAUUUCCAACAUGCUUAGUUCAACUAUUGCCCAGUGGCGUGUUCAGCAGCAGCAACAGCAGCUUCUCUGUCCCACCUCGCAGUCAAAUUCCUUCUCCAAGUCCUUGUCAGGCUCAAGCAGCAGGAUUGACAGCUAGUCUUCAGGAAGGCAACGUCUUGGGAGUGGAGACCUUCCAGACUAGAAAAAGUGACUCUACUUCCUUUUUCAUCCUAUAAGAUUCUUUUAGGAAACAAAGAGCUUGGCCAUGAAAAUAUCACUGGAUAUCGAUUUUGUACAUGGGAUGCUUUUUGAUUAUAGGCUUUGAUUUGAACUUGUGACCUCCUGAAUUCAAGUCAACUUAAUAAAGGCCCAAAGAGUGGGGUUAGGAUUCAAAUUUUAUUACCCUUGAAAAUGGGCAACUGUUUGACAUGAGUUCUAUUUUCAGAGUGAACAGAGAAAAGGAAAAACCAGAUCAGCUGUUUUGUAGCUAAAAGUCCAGGCCCUGCCCAAUUCUCAAAACCCAGCUCUUUUCCUGACAGGACUGUUCGUCUGUUUUUGUUUCUCCAUCUAAUAAAAGUGUACUUUUCUUGUAAGACAGACUUUACUUAAAUCCUCCAUCUGACUGCAUCACGGACAUCCAGUCAGAUUAAAAUGUUACAAACACAUACAAUAUGACACACAGAAUCCUCUACUGUUUAGUGGCAUUAUUGAUAAGAGAAUCCACUUGGGAGGGAAAAAUAAUAAAGUUCUUAAGCCAAACCAAGUGUAUCUCCAAUCUUUCAAAGGAUUGGUCUCAUCUACCAGUAAAGGUUUUGACCUAAAACAACAAAAUGACCAUCUCACCCCCUUUAUAAAACGAUUCAACAGGUAGAAGACCUCAUCUCCGUGGGGGUCAGUUUCUCAAGAUGGGGAAGAGGGAGAAGACCAGCCAGUUGCUGCCAUUCAACAGACACCCCUACAAGAAGUAAUAAGAGCAAAGAUUACUGGAAAUCAAAGUCAAGAUGGGGGAGCAGGGCAUAUACUUCUAGUGAUGGAUAAAGUGGGUGGAGCAACCUCCUAGCCAGAAAAAAAAUGUUUAACAAUACUUAUAUAGAACC